GUAAGUCACAGGCCCUGGGGGCCACAGAAAGGAAACUUGGAGAAGACAUGGUAGAUUACUGCAUAAAUCACAUCAAUUUCCCAAUGAAUUUUAUAUUGUUUGUUUUUUUAUCUGGGGUGUUUUCCUCAGAGGUUAGCAAUUUGAAGUCCACUGUUAAAGGGAGACCUGAUGUGAUAUCGUUAGAUGAAGAUGAAAAUAGAGAGGAAGAAGAAAAUUUGAAGGAACAUACUCAACAUGGGGCUCCAGCUGAUGAUAACAGUCAUGAAAAUUUUAGAGAUGUGAAACAAUACGUGUUCACAACACAAAACGCAAAUGGCAGUGAGUCUGAAAUAUCUGUGAGAGCGACAACUGAUCUGAAAUUUGCACUAAAAAACUAUAAAAUGAUCAACAAAACGACAUCUGAAAAACCCAUCAGUGAAGAAGAAAAAUCUGUUCCAGAAUCCUCUCAUAAAAAUAUACAAAAAUCAACCCCAAAUGUUCCUGAAUUUUGGACAAAGUUAGCUAAAGCUAUAAGUGAAACAACGAAGAGCAUGGAUGACAAAGAUCAAUUAUUUCAGCCAAUUCCAAGCUCUGAUGUGAAUGCUACAAAUGAAGAAGAAGAAGAAGAAGAAUUAUCAGAGCUAGAUGAAAUUAAGUACAAAUUAAUGCUGGGUAUCUCAUUGAUGACCCUCAUCCUUUUUGCAACCCUCCUGGCGUUCUGUAGUAUCAUGCUGUACAGAAUGAAGCAGCUGAGUUAUAAAAGUUGUCAGAGUGAAUACACCAUCAACCCAGAGCUGGCAACUCUUUCUUACUUUCAUCCAUCAGAGGGCAUAUCAGACACAUCUUUUUCUAAGAGUGCGGAGAGCAGCACAUUUUGGGGCACUGCUUCUUCAGAUCUAAGAAAGCCAACCAUAAGAAGGUCACUAUCUAAAACUAUGACGGAUGGGAUUUCCACAGGCUCCGAUGAUACGGGCAUAAACGAGGAAUCAGACUUACUUCACAGUGAGGAGCCAAGUGAGGAACCGAGUGAAAUCCCAACUGACUAAUAGAUAACUUCGGUUCUUCUGUUGUAAAAAAAAAAAAAAAAGAGGCCUUUCUUUAUGUUUCAUAUUCAUGUCAUUAUUUUCAAACUCUGCUGAAACACCUAAAUUUUCUGAUGUCUUAAAAGAAGGACAUAUUCAAUAAACAUUAUCUCGGUUAUAACAAGUAUUUGAUGGGAAGUAAACAAAGAAUUUAAGUUGUGGAAAACUCAUCAAAUGGAAAUGAUCCCUGAGCGGUUUAUGGAAGCUAUUCACUCGAAUAUUUAAAUGAGGACAUUCAAAUAUUAACCUGACCCCAUUCUGAGGACU